AUGGUCAGGCCCCAGGCCUAUGGCGAAGCUGUGAAUAAUAUGUUCAUCUUCGCAGCAUUCUUACUUGUUCUACCAUGGUUAGUCGAUGCUCAGCAGCAGCAACGAUCAACUCUCAGGAAACAUGAUUUCCCGCCCGAAUCCGUCAGUUCUGAGGCAAGACGCACUCCUCUCGAAGCAACUAAAGUCCAGACCAUCGAGACUCCUUUGAACAUUCCACGACGAAAGAAUACUUUGAGCGUGAAUGCCGGAUCUUACGACAAAGUCGAUGCGAGCGCCGAUUCAGCACCAUUAUCUCCUUCACAUCUUGCAAAGUCCAGUAGACUCGAGUCUAGCAGCCUCCAGUCUGCCGGAUGGGGUUCUUCGCAGCCGAGUGCGCGGGAUCUCCAAGACUGGGAAGUAGAAGAUUUUGUGCUGCUGGCGACCGUUGAUGGAAGUGUAUGGGCACGCGAUAGAAAAACGGGUAAACACAAAUGGCGAAUGCAAUUACCUGAAGUCUCGAUGAUUUCCACCAAGCAUCAUCGAAGAAACAAAUCUGCCGAUUUCAACGAGGUCCCCACGUCUUGGGGUAUUGACGAUUAUGUCUGGAUUGUGGAACCCACCGAACAUGGUGGUUUAUGGAUAUAUCGACCGGAUGUUCCGAAUGGUGGCUUGGUCGACACAGGCCUAACAAUGAAGAAAUUAGUUGACGAAAUGUCACCAUACCAAAGUGACGAUCCCGAGGUCGUGUAUACCGGUUCAAGAAAAACUCAGAUGGUGCACGUUGAUGCUACAAAUGGAAAAAUAUUGCAGGUCUUUGGAGGAGAUUUUGUCGUCGAUGCAAAGGAUCAAAGCUGUAGCCCAAAAAAUGGGUUUGUGGGCAAAGAAGCUGAUGAAUGUCAAAACCCUACGAUUUGGCUAGGACUAUCAAAGUACGAGGUGAACAUCGUUGGCAAGGAUCACCACCCAAUCGCCACGUUAAUGUACAAUGAAUGGGGUCCCAAUGUUCAAGAUGCGAAGAAAUACGGAGACAAAUAUCAGCAAACACUUGAUAGCAAAUACAUCCUCGCUGGCCAGGACGGCCAUGUGAUGGGGUUCGAUCGUGAACGCAACAGGGAUCACGAAUUAUUGUUUCAACAGAAGCUUCCUUCACCUGUCGUUAGGGUGUUUGACAUUUUCCGACCUUGGGGUACCGAAGAGAAGAAUCUGAAGUUGAUGAUGCUUCCACAACCUAAGCCCGAACUGACAUCAGAGAACGAAUUGCUAGAAGUGGAUCAAACCCGAAAUAGCCGAGUUGUUAUCAGUCUUUCUCAAGAUGGUAGUUUCUAUGCUAUGUCAGGGAAAUCAUAUCCUCUGGCCGUAGCUGGUUCUCAAGCUCAGUGCUACCAAGGCGGAUUGUGGAAACACGAGUCUUGGCAAAAUAUGGAUCAGCCUGAACUGGCAGCCGCGCUGACCGGUGUCCACUGCAUUGAUGUGCAAAACGAACCCCGUUUGACCAUAUCUGCUCCUCUAUUUGCUGAUGAUAAUCAAAGCAAAUUGGCUGUCACAGACCUCACCCCAGAACUUCUUGGUGAGCCAACUCUCUCACAAAGCUUCCAGCAGAUUCCAAGGCUAGCGAUCGACAGUGUUGUGGAAUUCAUCAAAAAUCCUGUCCUUAUACUUUUUUUAAUGAUACUACUUAUCUCGAACCAAAGACAAAUACGAGCCUGGAUUGGUCGCCAUGGACUUCACAAUAAAAAGAGUAUUGUUUUGCACAAAGAUCGAUCCAUAGCAAAGGACGUGCCUUCAAUCGAUAACUCAGAUGACGAUUCCACGAAGAUCAUCGGCCAUGAUACUGCUCAUCUAUCAGAAGUUGCAGAAGAUAAAGCUCUUAGUGCAAAUCCUAAGAUCAAUGACUUUGCAUCUCUUCUCGACGUUUCUAAAGAUACUGCUGCAGUUGUGGUACUCGAAGAUAUUGCUGUGAAUGAUAUCGAAUCAUUGUCAGAUGUUGCGCAAGAUGUCGGCGAUGUUGCUCCAACAUCCCCAGAAAAGAAACUGAGAAAGCGAGGACGACGUGGUGGGGUUAAACACAAAAAGGGAGGCAAUCGUCUAGGUCAGGCUGGUAGUGAUCAAGAGACCCCUCAAAACAUCACCGUGCAAAAGCCACCUCCAACCGUUGAAGAUGCUGUGCACAAUGCUCAGAAUAUGUUUCCACAGAAAACACUCGAGCCAGAUAUUCAGACAGUGUCAAAUGAUCCUGCCGAAGUUUCUGGUUCCAAGAUUCGUAUCGGGGCAUUGGAAGUGGACCAGAAUAAACUAGUUGGGACAGGUAGCAAUGGUACUUUGGUCUUCGAAGGAAAUUUUGAUGGUCGUGCUGUUGCUGUUAAGAGGAUGCUUAUCCAGUUCUAUGACAUUGCAUCCCAAGAGACCAAACUAUUGAGAGAAAGUGACGAUCAUCCAAAUGUCAUCCGGUACUUUGCACAGCAGACUGCUGCUGGGUUCCUUUAUAUUGCCUUAGAGUUGUGCCCCGCUUCACUGGCUGAUGUCAUCGAAAAGCCACACUUGCACAGAGAUUUGGCGCAAGGUGGUGAAAAGGACCUACCAAACGUACUUUAUCAAAUCGCCAAUGGUAUUCAGCACCUCCACAACCUCCGCAUCGUCCAUCGUGAUCUAAAGCCGCAAAAUAUCUUAGUUGCGAUGGGUAAGAACGGUAAGCCCAGACUUCUUGUUUCGGAUUUCGGGUUAUGCAAGAAAUUGGAAGUGGAGCAGUCAUCCUUCAAGACUACUACUGCCCAUGUAGCUGGUACAUCUGGCUGGCGAGCACCAGAACUUAUCCUCGACGAUGAUAUAGAGCAAGGCUUCAUGGUUGAUACAAGUACAGAUGGUGGUGGGUCAGGCUCAAUCCUCGUUAGCUCGGGUGCGAUGCCUAAUCGACGAGCUACACGUGCUAUCGAUAUAUUCGCUCUUGGAUUGGUCUUCUUCUACGUCUUGACCAAAGGCAAUCAUCCUUUUGAUUGUGGCGAUCGAUACAUGCGAGAGGUGAACGUUCGUAAGGGUAAUUUCAACUUGGAUCUUUUGGAAUCCCUUGGAGAUUAUGCCUUUGAAGCUAUUGAUCUGAUCACCUCCAUGCUUGGCAGAGAUCCAAAAUCUCGUCCAGUCGCAGCACAAGUCAUGGCGCAUCCCUUCUUCUGGUCUGCAAAGAAACGGUUGAACUUUCUUUGCGACGUUUCUGAUCACUUUGAGAAGGAAAAGCGGGACCCUCCCAGCCAUGCACUUGUGGAACUUGAGAGAUGGGCACCAGAUGUCUGUCACGGCGAUUUCCUCAGGCCGCUUGGGAAAGAGUUUGUAGAUUCAAUGGGUAAACAGCGAAAGUAUACCGGCACGCGACUUUUGGACCUUCUUCGAGCUCUGAGGAACAAGAAGAAUCACUACGAAGACAUGUCCGAUAAGUUGAAGAGAGAUGUCGGUCCCUUACCUGAUGGUUACCUCAGCUUUUGGACUAGAAAAUUCCCUAAUCUGUUGAUCGUCUGUUGGAAUGUCGUGUAUGAAGUAGAAUGGGAUCAGGCGGAUCGUUUUAAGGAAUACUAUGAGCCGGCUGGCCUUUAA